CAAGAUUAUGUUUAUAAAGAAAUGGAACAGUACACUGAUAUUAUGUGUAAUCCAAAAACCAAUCCAGGAUUCGUGACUUAUCUUAUGUACAGAAAUAGGACUUUACAGUUUUUACCGAGUUAUAAAAAGAUUCGCGAGUUGAACAUGUCCGUUUAUGAUCAGAUAAAGGACAUUGUCAUGAACCUAGAACGAAUUGAACAUAGAUUGAAUAAGAAUUAUGCGUACACGGCAAAGAUCUUAAACGUGGAUAUAAACAUGGACUUUAUGAACGAACAACGCCGAAAACUUGGAGCAGUUUUGGAUGAUUACUGGGUAUUACCCGAAUUAGUUGUACACGAUCUAGACGAUCAUUUGUACUUGGUCAAUGGUAAAGCCCAAAUGGAAAUAGACAAAUUUUUAACGGGAAACCACCCGAUCGAAGCAUACAAAGCCUAUGUGGUUAAAUAUCACGAGAUCGCGUUAACCAUACCAGUCGACAUCAGUCCGGAAACGGUUGUUGGUAUUUUUGAAAUUCGCCGUGGUGAGACCAUUAAAACACUGUGCAAACAGGCAGAAAAAAUCAAAAACCUGAUAGUCGACAAAAUGACAAAUACUUACUUGGCCAUCGGAAAGAAGUUGAACGACGAAUACAGCCAUCUACAAAACACCGCUUUGACACCUCCAGAAAAUACUAGAAGUUUGGUUAACUUGAAAAAGUACAUAGUCGAUGUACAAAAUGACGUCAUACCAGAAAUGGAAGAUAGAGCCAAAGUGGUGUUAUCGUACGAGUUAUUUUUGUCCGAUUAUACAUUACUAACUGGAGUGGAACUUAAACAAAACGGGAAAACUUUUCUGUGGGUAGAACUAAUAAAUCAUGUAUUUACGGAAAAUGCAAGAAUGGUCGAAGAGAAAACUAAGGAGCUUCAAGACUAUUUAUUGAGCCGUAUUAACAAGUUUAAAAUUGAACUGGAAAACUACCAAGACCAAGUGGCUGAGUUCAAACAAUUCGGAAAUAUCGAAUUACUACCUGUGUAUUUAGAUAAAGCCAAAAGCUUAGAUGGUAAAUUAGCCCAUGCUUUAGACAUCAUAGAUGGUUUUAACGAAGAAGAAAAACAUUUUGGAUGGAAAGAGAGUUGGUAUCCUCUCAGGAAAACAGUUGCAGACAGUUUAGCUCCAUAUAAAAAAUUGUAUGAUAAUUGCUCUGAAUUCUUAGAAAAUUAUGACAAAUGGAUGAACGCUAAAAUUGGUACUUACGACCCAGAAAUUAUUGAGCAAGACACCACACUUUAUUAUCGAAAUCUUGUAAAAUUAGAACGUGUUUUUUAUGAUACCCCAGCUCCAUUAGCCAUUGCUUCUACAGUGAAGCAAUCUGUUGAAGCUUUUAGGGAUCAUAUACCAGUAGUUUUAACGUUAGGUAACUUAGGCUUAAAAGAUCGCCAUUGGGAAAAAAUUUCCGAAAUCAUUGGUUUUCCAUUACAUCCCAAUCAAAAUCUAACGUUAGCUAAGAUUAUGGACUACAAUUUGGAUGAGUUUGUGCCCAAAUUUGAAGUGGUCAGUGAGGGUGCUUCUAAAGAAACAGCUUUGGAAAAAAAGCUAGAAGCUAUGGAAGACGAAUGGAAAGACUUAUGCUUUACUCUUCUACCAUAUCGGGAUUCGGGAACUCUUAUAUUGUCUAGUGUGGAUGAAGUGCAAUUGCUACUUGAUGAUCAUAUUUUAAAAACGGCUACAAUGAAGAAUUCGCCCUUUAUAAAACCAUUUGAAGAGAGUAUCAGAAUUUGGGAAGAAAAAUUACAUUUACUGAAUGAUAUAUUAGAUUAUUGGGUCAAAGUUCAAAUUACAUGGAUGUACUUGGAACCAAUAUUUUCCUCUCAAGACAUACAAACGCAAAUGCCUGAAGAAUCGAGAAGAUUCAAUGCUGUUGAUAAAGUCUGGAGGGACAUGAUUAAAGAAGCUCUAAAAAUUAAAAGAGUAAUAUUGGCCAUAAACAUUGAUAAAAUUUUAGAAAAAUUGAAGAAAAGUUUCAACCUUUUGGAACUUAUUCAAAAAGGGUUGAACGAUUAUUUAGAAAAAAAACGUUUGUAUUUCCCAAGAUUUUUUUUCUUGUCAAACGACGAGCUUCUUGAAAUAUUAUCAGAAACGAAAGAUCCGACAAGAGUACAGCCAUACUUGAAAAAAUGCUUCGAAGGAAUUGCCAAAUUGAAAUUUACUCCCGAAUUAGAUGUAACGUGUAUGAUGUCCAGCGAAGACGAAGUUGUAGAUUUAUCCGUAUUUGUUGACACAGCUAAAGCUAAAGGGCAAGUUGAAAAAUGGUUGGUAGAUUUAGAAGCUUCAAUGCGAUUGACCGUGCGAGAAGUUAUUGAAAAGGCAUUGGCUGCGUACAAAGUCACGGAGAGGCAAACGUGGGUAGUUCAGUGGCCCGGACAACCUGUUCUGGCUGUAUCUUGUACACACUGGACUACGGAAGUUACUCAAGCUAUUUUACACCAUCCACGAGGGUUGCCAAGAUAUUUGGAUAAGUGCAAUGAUCAGAUCAGCAAGAUCGUAAAGUUAGUCAGAGGAGUUUUAUCAGUUCAAACGAGAUUGACACUAGGCGCUUUGGUUGUUAUGGAUGUCCAUGCGAAAGAUGUUGUUGCAGAUAUGGUCAAAAAAGAAGUACGAAAAAUUAAUGACUUCAAUUGGAUUUGUCAAUUGCGUUAUUAUUGGCUAGAUGACAAUUUGGAUACACACAUGGUGAACGCAUCAUUAAAGUAUGGUUACGAGUACCUGGGAAACUCGCUGAGACUUGUGAUCACUCCUUUAACUGAUCGUUGCUACAGGACUUUAUUUUGUGCGUUACAACUAAAUUUAGGAGGUGCUCCCGAAGGUCCAGCCGGUACUGGUAAAACAGAAACGACCAAGGAUUUGGCAAAAGCCGUUUCUAAGCAAUGUGUCGUAUUUAAUUGUUCGGACAGUAUGGAUUACAUCGGGUUAGGGAAGUUCUUUAAGGGUUUAUUAUCGUGUGGUGCUUGGGCUUGUUUCGACGAGUUUAACCGCAUUGAUUUGGAAGUGCUAUCGGUAGUAGCGCAACAGAUAUUGACAAUUCAACGAGGUAUUCAAGCAGGAUUAAUAAAAAUACAUUUUGAAGGAUCUACGUUGACAUUGGACAAAACUUGUGCUGUUUUUAUCACUAUGAAUCCUGGAUAUGCAGGGCGAUCCGAGUUACCAGAUAAUUUGAAAGCAUUGUUUCGUUCAGUAGCAAUGAUGGUGCCAGAUUAUGCACUUAUAUCCGAAAUAAAACUAUACUCAUUCGGAUUUCAUUAUGCACGUUCUUUGGCCGUGAAAAUUGUAGCGACUUACAAAUUGUGCUCCGAACAACUUUCGUCUCAACACCAUUACGACUACGGAAUGAGAGCCGUAACGACUGUAUUGUUAGCUGCUGGAAAUUUAAAACUAAAAUAUCCGGAAGAAGAUGAAAACAUAUUAAUGUUGCGUUCUAUUAAUGAUGUUAAUUUACCAAAAUUUCUCCAACACGAUAUUCCUCUUUUUAAAGGUUUAACAAAAGAUUUAUUUCCUGGAGUCGAACUACCAGAUCCCGAUUAUCGUGUUUUGAAUGAAUGUUUAAAUGAAUCAUGUCAAAAUUUAAAUCUACAAUGCACGCCGUAUUUUUUACAAAAAAUUCAACAAGUUUAUGAAAUGAUGAUAGUCAGACAUGGUCUCAUGAUUGUGGGUUUACCAUUUAGCGGUAAAACAUCUGCAUACAAAGCUUUAGCUGGAGCUUUAUACAUUAUUGAAGAAAGGAAUUUAAUGAAUGAACAUAAAGUAGAGAUAAUGGUUAUAAAUCCAAAAUCGAUAACACUCGGUCAACUUUACGGUCAGUUUGAUCAAAUUUCACACGAGUGGUCGGAUGGUAUAUUAGCAGUUGGCUUUAGACAAUUUGCUUCAUCGGAAAAUUUAAACAGGAAAUGGUUAAUAUUUGAUGGUCCAGUAGAUGCAAUUUGGAUUGAAAGCAUGAAUACUGUAUUGGAUGACAAUAAAAAACUUUGUUUAAUAUCAGGAGAAAUAAUUCAAUUGGCCAACACAACGAAUUUAGUGUUUGAGCCUAUGGACUUAGACGUAGCUUCUCCGGCUACAGUGUCCAGAUGCGGUAUGAUUUAUAUGGAACCCGUUUCAUUAGGUUGGGAAUGUUUAGUUCAAUCAUGGAUUAACCAAUUGUCACCUUUUAUAAGUGAACAUUAUAAGCAAAUGUUACAUUCGCUAAUUUUAAGAUUUUGUCAUUUAAUGUUGUAUUUCUUAAGACGUUGUAGUAUUGCCGAAAUUUUUCCAUCCAGCAAUUCUAACAUUGUGGCAUCCUUAUUAAACCUUUGCGAUACUUAUAUGAAUCCGUACCAGGACGAAGAUCAAAUGAAAAUGAUUUCGCAAUCAGAUCUUAGGGCGCAACUAGAGGGUAUUUUCUUCUUCUCUUGCAUAUGGUCAUUGGGUGUUUCUCUUGACUUGCAUAGUAGAAACAAGUUUAACCUUGUAUUUCGGGCCCUGUUGGAAAAUAAAUUUCCAAAAAAAGUUGCACGAGCUCUUAAGUUUCCUACCGAGUUGUGUUCAUCUCCGGACAAGCCAUACACGAAUGUUCCACCUAAAGAACAGUCAGUCUUCGACUAUAGAUAUGUUUUCGAGGGUCUGGGUAGAGGAGAAUGGAGGUUGUGGAUUGAAUAUGUAGCUGAAGCGCCACCGCUACCACAAGGAAUACCGUUUAAUGAAAUAAUCGUACCGACAGUUGAUGUCAUUAGAUAUCACGUGCUACUGUCGAUGUUAAUAGCUAACGAUAAACCCAUGAUGACUGUAGGAAAAACUGGGACGGGGAAAUCGACAUACACUAUGAAUUACAUUUUCAAAAAACUCGAUAAAACUACCAAUCAGCCGUCGUUUAUCAAUUUUUCGGCACAGACUUCUGCUAACCUUACACAGGAUAUUAUUAUGAACAAAUUGGUGAAAAGGAGACGUGGAGUAUUUGGCCCACCGGUCGGAACUAAAUGCAUAGUAUUCAUAGACGACGUGAGCAUGCCACAGAAAGAAUAUUACGGAGCUCAGCCCCCUAUUGAGCUUUUGCGUCAAUUUCUGGACAAAUUUCCAUGGUUCGACCGAAAAGACCGAACGACUAUGACACUCCAAGAUGUACUGUUACUGUGUGCAAUGGGUCCACCGUCUACUGGGAACACAGUCACGCCUAGGUUUAGUCGUCAUUUUAAUAUUAUCGUCAUCAAUGAAUUUGACGACACCACCAUGGUAUCGAUAUUCAGUAAAAUACUGUUAUGGCAUUUGGACACUAGAGGCUUCAGUAGAGAAUUCGACUCGUGCAUGCAUCAGCUGGUUCUUUCGACAUUACAAGUGCAUAAACACAGUAUUAGUUAUUUACUACCGACUCCGACUAAAUCGCAUUAUUUAUUUAAUUUAAGAGAUUUUUCUAAAGUUAUACAAGGAGUUAUGUUUUCCGUGCCUGAAACAAUUGAAGAUGCUGUGGCUAUGAAACGGCUUUGGGUUCAUGAAAUCCUUAGAGUGUAUUAUGACCGUUUAGUAGAAAACUCAGAUCGUUCUAUAUUCUUUGGGAAUCUACAUUCCGUUUGCAAAGAAUUUCUAAAUGAAAAUAUGAACGAAAUGUUUUCUCAUUUGGCUAAUGCAGAGAAUCAAGUCGGACAAGAUGAACUGCGGCAAUUGAUUUACUGUGAUUUUUCAAAUCCAAAAGCUGACACAAGAAAUUAUAUGGAAGUUCAUGAUUUGAACAGUCUUCGUUUAAUUGUCGAGGGAUACUUAAACGAGUUCAACAAUAUGAGUAAAAAACCUAUGCAUCUGGUUUUGUUCAGAUUCGCUAUUGAACAUCUCUCGAGAAUUUGUCGGAUAUUUAAGCAACCUCGUGGUCACGCAUUACUUGUUGGGUUGGGAGGAUCAGGUCGCCAAUCUUUGACGAGGCUGUCAGCUCACAUAUCGGAAUAUGAUAUGUUUCAAGUACAAAUGACGCGUUUAUAUGGCAUGAAUGAGUGGCGUGAAGACAUGAAAACAAUACUUAGACGAGCAACAGCUGCAUUAGAUCAACAUGUUGUUUUUUUGUUUAGCGAUAGCGAAAUAAAAGACGAGAGAAUGAUAGAAGAUAUCAAUAACUUAUUAAAUUCUGGAGAAGUACCUAAUCUGUUUGAUACAGAUGAAAAAAUGGAAAUUUGCGAAAAAAUCCGCGCGAUAGAUAAACAACGUGAUAAAAGCAUGCAGACCGAUGGGAGCUUGACCGCGUUGUUUAAUUACUUCGUUCAACUAGUUAAAGAACAACUUCACAUUUCAUUAGCUUUCAGUCCGAUCGGCGAUGGAUUCCGAAAUAGAAUACGAAAGUUUCCAUCGUUGGUACAGUGUUGUACUAUUGAUUGGUUUCAGGCUUGGCCGGCAGAUGCGUUAUUGGCUGUAGCGACACAAUUCUUAGGUGUCAUCGAGUUAUCUGAUCACGAACGUAGUGUUUGUAUAAGUAUGUGCCAGACGUUCCACACAUCCAUACAAAUCUUAUCGUUAGAAUUUGAAAUUAGAGCGAAAAGAAAAACGUAUGUUACCCCUACGUCAUUCUUGGAGUUGAUAUCGACUUUUAAGGAUAUAUUGGAAAAAAAACGACAGGAAAUACUUAUUUCAAAACAUCGGUACGAAGUAGGUUUGGAGAAAUUACAAGCUGCUGCAGACGAUAUAGCAAUAAUGCAAGAGGAAUUGAAAGAACUUCAACCAAAAAUUGUGGCGGCAACAGCAGAAGCUAAAAUAAUUAUGCAGAAAGUCGAGAAAGAAAAUCAAGAAGUGUCUAAAGUAAAGCAAAUCAUUAAAAAAGACGAAGAGGAGGCACAAGAAACUGCUGGAAAAGCGCAAGAAAUCAAGGAAGAAUGUGACGCUCAUAUGGAAGCAGCACGGCCGGCGUUGAAUGCUGCAUUAGCUGCUCUUAAUACGUUGACGCCUAAUGAUAUUAAUUUUGUAAAAUCUAUGAAAAAUCCACCUAAAGCGAUAAAGUUGGUAAUGGAAGCUGUUUGCAUCUUAAAAGAUGUCAAACCAGAAAAGGUAACUGAUCCAGCUACCGGUAAGCCUGUUGAUGAUUAUUGGGGCGCGUCAAAAAGGAUUCUUAAUGACAUGAAAUUUUUAGAGCACCUUAUUAAUUACGAUAAAGAUAAUAUCCCACCUAGAAUAAUGAAUGUUAUCAGAGAAAAAUAUUUAACCAACCCGGAUUUUGAUCCAGAUAAAGUUAAAAAUGCUUCAAUAGCCAUUCAAGGGUUAUGCAAAUGGACAAUAGCAAUGGCGAGCUACGACAUUGUAGCCAAAGAAAUAGCACCGAAAAAAAUUGCUUUAGCUGCGGCAGAAACCAUGUAUAAUAAUGCUAUGAAAGCAUUAAACGAUAAACGUUCGCAGCUCGCCGAAGUCGAAAAGAAAAUGAAAGCCGUGCAAGACGACCUUGAAGUUAACGAACGUAAAAUGAGAAUGUUCCAAGACGAAUCUAAUUUAUGUCAAACAAAACUUCAAAGAGCCGAAGACUUAAUAAGUGGUUUAGGAGGUGAAAAGCAAAGGUGGCAACAAACAGCGCAUGACCUCGGACAACGGUACGAAAAUCUUACUGGAGAUAUGUUGAUGAGUUCAGGUAUAAUAGCUUAUUUGGGCCCAUUUACACUGGAUUACAGGAAUCGACAAAUAAAAAAAUGGACUAAAGAAAUACUCGCCAACAGUUUAGUUUGUUCCGAAGACUUCCAAUUAAGUGCAGUGCUUGGAAGACCGGUAGAUAUUAGAUCUUGGAACAUAGCAGGGUUGCCAACAGAUUCAUUUUCAAUCGACAACGGAAUAAUUGUUGUAAAUGCUAGGCGGACGGCGUUAAUGAUCGAUCCACAAAGUCAAGCCAACAAAUGGAUUAAAAAUAUGGAAAUCGAUAACUCGUUGAGUAUCUUACGCUUUACAACUCCAAAUUAUGUCAAGAUAUUAGAACAUGCUAUUACAAACGGCUUACCAGUUUUACUGGAAAAUAUUUAUGAAGAAUUGGACCCAAUUCUGGAUCCGGUACUACUAAUGCAAAUAUUUUUAACUGGAGGUACAUAUUGUUUAAAACUAGGAGACUCGACCAUUGAAUAUAAUGAUAAAUUUAGAUUCUAUAUAACAACAAAACUAAGAAACCCCCAUUAUUUACCGGAUAUAGCUGUCAAAGUAGUUUUAGUAAACUUCAUGAUAACUCCGGACGGUCUGGAAGACCAAUUGUUGGGCGUGGUCGUUGCAAAAGAUAGGCCGGAUUUGGAAGCAGAAAAGAAUCAGCUUAUAGUCCAAGGAGCUGAAAACGCUAGAUUAUUAAAAGACAUUGAAGAUAAAAUAUUACAAGUUUUGAGUUCCUCUGAAGGAAACAUAUUGGAAGACGAAGAGGCGGUAAAUAUAUUGAGUUCGUCUAAGGUGUUGGCCAACGAAAUUCAAGUGAAACAAGCUGAGGCCGAGAUAACUGAACGUACAAUUGAUAAAACAAGACAUCAAUAUCAAGGGGUGGCUGCGUAUUCGAUGACAUUGUUUUUCAUAAUAGACACUUUGGCUAACAUCGAUCCCAUGUAUCAGUAUUCAUUAACGUGGUUUAUAAAUUUGUUCAUCGUGGCUGUAGAAAAUAGUCCUAAACGUGAUAAAAUCGAAGAAAGAACGAACGCACUUAUUAAAUAUUUCACCUAUUCGCUGUACAUUAACGUUUGCAGGAGUUUAUUUGAAAAGGAUAAAUUACUGUUUUCAUUUAUAAUGGCCAUAAAAAUAACCAAAGAUAUAAACUCUGAUGAAUGGAUGUUCUUUUUGACCGGAGGCGUAAGUUUAGACAAUCCAAUCAAGAACACUAUUAGUUGGUUGCAGAACAUGAAUUGGGACGAACUGUGCCGGCUCGAUGACCUUCCAAAAUUUAAGGGCAUAAAAGAAGACUUUGAACGUAAUGAAGAAAAAUGGAAAGAGAUUUAUGAUUUACCCGAGCCGCAUCUAGCAGAAUUUCCAGAACCUUGGGAGUCUCAAUUGAGCUAUUUCCAAAAAUGCAUAAUUUUAAGAAUUAUUAGAUACGAUAAGAUAGUCCCAGCAGUGCAGUAUUUUAUCGCCAACAAAUCCGCUUUGGAGAGCAAAUUUAACGAACCACCGCCAUUUGAUUUAGCUUCAACGUUUGUAGAUUCUAACUGUGCAUCUCCUCUAGUGUUCGUAUUGACACCAGGGGCUGACCCAACUGCGAUGUUACUUAAAUUUUCUGAGAAAAUGGGUUUCGGCGCUCGCUUGACGGCCUUAUCAUUAGGACAAGGACAAGGUCCAAUUGCAGCGCGACUUAUAGAGGAAGCUACGAGGAACGGAAAUUGGGUAUUAUUGCAAAACUGUCAUUUAGCUCAGAGUUGGAUGCCUGAACUUGAAAAGAUAUGUGAGAGUUUUUCGUUGGACUUGACCAACUCGGAGUUUAGACUUUGGCUAACGUCAUAUCCGGUGGAUUACUUUCCCGUGUCCAUACUGCAAAAUAGCGUUAAAAUGACCAACGAACCGCCGAAAGGACUUCGAGCCAACAUUUAUAGGUCUUUUAUGAGUGACCCGAUAGUAAAUCAGGAGUUCUUCGAAGGCUGCAAACAGAGCAACAGCUUCAAGAAACUAUUAUUUUCGCUGUGUUUUUUCCACGCUCUUAUACAGGAACGACGGAAUUUCGGUCCUAUCGGUUGGAACCGUAUGUACGAGUUCAACGAAACCGACCUAAGGAUUAGCGUUAUGCAAUUGCAAAACUUUUUAAACGAGUAUUCAAACAUCCAAUACGACGCUUUGCGUUAUCUUACCGGCGAGUGCAACUAUGGUGGACGGGUGACUGACGAUUGGGACCGUAGGUGUCUGUCCACUUUCCUAAAUAAAUUUUACUCCAAAGGGGUAAUCAAAAUCAAGAACUUUAAGUAUGACAAAUCGGAGCAUUAUUACUGUCCGGAUAUGACCGAAUAUGAAGAAUUCAUCGAGUACAUCCACAGUUUACCUCAAGUGACAAAGCCUAGUGUGUUCGGGUUACACGAAAACGCCGACCUAAUUAAAGAGAGACAAGAGAGUGACGUUUUACUAAAUUCUGUUGUCAAGACCCAGAAUUUAUCCGGAAUGGGCGAAGGACAAGGCGUGUCAUCAGAGGAACUGGUGGUGAUUUUCGCUAAAGACAUACUUAGUAAACUACCGAAACCUUUUGAUACCAUUGCUGCGUUGGAAAAAUACCCUACGACUUACAACCAGUCUAUGAAUACGGUUUUAGUACAAGAAAUGGGCCGUUUCAAUAUACUGUUGAAUAAUAUCACGUCGAGUCUGAUCAGAAUACAGAAAGCCGUAAAAGGUCAGAUACUGAUGUCUCUCGAGCUCGAAGAAGUUUACCAAAGUAUCUUGACGGGUAAAAUCCCGAGCGUUUGGGCGAAGGACUCUUAUCCAUCAUUAAAACCGUUGAGUAGUUACAUUAAAGAUUUUUUAUUAAGGUUGGCGUUUUUACAGAAAUGGUUUGUUAUGGGUACGCCAGACGUAUUUUGGAUUUCUGGUUUUUAUUUCACCCAAGCCUUCCUCACGGGAUCUCAGCAAAACUUUGCUAGAAAAUAUAAGAUACCGAUUGAUUUGUUAACGUUCAACUUUAAGAUUUUGGACAGAAGAAUUGUUGUCGAAUCAACCCCGGAAGAGGGUGUUUACGUUUACGGGCUAUUUUUGGAUGGAGCUCGUUGGAGUAACAAAAAGUCAAGUCUCCAGGAAUCUAAACCGAAAGUAUUGUACGACAUUGUACCAAUAAUACACAUGAUACCGGUGCGAAAAGAUGAUCUAAAAUUGGACAACAUAUACGUAUGUCCAAUGUACAAAACGGCCGAGCGAAGAGGAACCCUGUCCACCACCGGACAUUCCACAAACUUUGUCAUUGCAUUGUGGAUACCUACGAUCAAACCGGCAGAACAUUGGAUCAUGAGAGGCGUCGCCCUGCUCUGUCAACUAUCUCAGUAAAAUGAAAAAAAAGACUUAUAACAAGUGUCGGUUUAAUACAGUUAAUAUUGACGUUAUAUGUUAUAUAAUAAACCUACAUCGAUAAUAAUUGUUAUAACAAAUAUCUUCUCGUAGUUAAUCUUUAUUUUUUUAAAUUUAAAUAUACAUACAUAUAUAUAUUA